CACCGAACGCCGAGUAUUCAUUAACCACCAUGCCACCGUAGAAAUUGGCACUUUUAUUGAAUACACGUUAAUUGUGCUUUAUAAACAUAAUAGGGCUGUUUCUAGUAUUGUUGACUUGCCUAUCGACAUCUGCUGGUCCUUUUCACUAUCGACAGUAUUUUUUUAACGACAACGAAGCAAAUCUAUACUUCAACUGUAAUUAAAGCUUAUACCCUGCAGAAUUUGGAAUCACGGAGUGUCACUCUCGUUUCAUUUUAUUUUUUGGCGAAAAUGACUGAGAAGGAAGACGUUAAAGACACGACAACUCAUGCCCCUCCCACAAUCGUGGAGCAGAGAGCAGAAAUCGAGCGUCUCAAACAGCUUGCGGGCGUCGAGGAAGUAGAAGUGAACGGUCCUGCCGAAGGAGAUCCAAACGCCAAAAGGCAAAGAACAAGCAAAACGGUCGUUACGGAGGAAUACAUUCAGUUUGAUUUCUCCAAAGUAAAAGACACAAAAGGUGGUUUCUUGCCCGAGGACGACGGACCUCAGCGUGAAAAACCCGCUGAACGAGUUUUACGUGAGCAAGAGGAACGGUUACGUCGUUUGCGAAAUGCUCCUGUUCAACUUGACCCAGAACAAGUGAAGACUUGUUUUGAGUGUUCGUCUGCCGAAUUGGAUGCCAAGUAUUUGGAGGUUUUCCGGUGUCGGGUGUGCCACGUUUGUCGAGAGAAGUACCCUGAAAAGUACUCACUGCUGACUAAGUCUGAGUGUAAACAAGACUACCUGCUAACAGAGCCUGAGCUGCGUGAUGACACUGUCAUGCCUCAUCUUCUGAAAGCAAAUCCUCAUCAACAGGGCUGGUCCAACAUGAUGCUGUAUUUACGUUACCAAGUGGAGGAGUUUGCUAAGAACAAGUGGGGUUCACUUGAAGCUCUAGAUGAAGAAUUUGAACGUCGCGAGGCCAAGAAAAAAGAACAAAACGAAAAAAAGUUUGCUAAGCAGUUGCUUGAGUUACGGAAACGUACGCGUACUAGCAAUUACAGCAAGAUGAGUAUUCGCCAAAAAAACAAACACGUCCAUGCAUACACGGAAAGCUUUGAGAAAAAGGACGAGCCAGGUGUAAUAGUCCAACGGUGUUCUUGUGGUCUUGAAGUGGAGCAACUAGAAAUUUAAAACGAGAGGUAACGCUUGUGAGCUCAUCUGGCUAUUUGAGUCGUUCAUUUUGCAAAUCGUACCCGCAGCGUUUCCCGAAUAAUCAUUGCAUUCCUUCCUACCGCUCCUACCCUCUCUCUCUCUCUCUCUGCCUUUAUGAAGCAACAACAGAUCCACUUGCCUCCCUCCCACUUGUCGCAUUUCGUUAAAUGAAAUAUCGUAGUACGUCAAAUAUUACUAACCCAAUUAACGUCUAGCAA